GUUAAAAUAAACUUAGUUUAGGAUUGUAUUAUUCGAGCAUUUGCACAUGUCCUGAUCUUCUCAAAGAGAACAAUGGAGAACAGUCAUUUGAGGUAACCUCAAUUCCACGUUGUUCUUUAGUGACUGAUUUCAGUAUUUCUAUUUAUUAAAACUAAUUUAAACAUGUCUGGGGAAGUGAUUAACGAAGUUAACAAUUUGCAAGUUACCGAAAAAACUAAAGACGACGUCGACGACGAUUUUGUAGACCCUUGGAAUGUAGUGAGUAAAUCGGAAAAAGGCAUUGAUUACGACAAACUAAUAACCAAAUUCGGUUCAAGUAAAAUAGAUAAAGAACUGUUGGACCGCUUUGAAAAGGUGACAGGAAAGCGAGUUCACCAUUUCUUGCGUCGCGGGAUUGUGUUUUCACACCGAGACCUGCAUUCCAUUUUAACAUUGCAUGAGAGUGGCAAACCUUUUUAUCUGUACACUGGACGUGGGCCCUCCUCUAACUCCAUGCAUGUGGGGCACCUUGUACCUUUUAUUUUUUGUAAAUGGUUGCAAGAUAUUUUCAAUGUGCCCCUAGUCAUUCAACUGACCGAUGACGAGAAAUUCUUGUGGAAAGACCUGAAAAUGGAAGAGGUGCACAAAAUGACCAUGGAAAAUGCUAAAGAUAUAAUAGCUGUGGGGUUUGAUCCGGAAAAAACCUUCAUGUUUUCGGAUCUCAACUACAUUGGCCAAUGUCCGGAAUUUUACCAAAACAUGGUGAGGAUCCAACGCUGCGUCACUUUUAACCAGGUCAAAGGGAUUUUCGGCUUUGACGACAGUUCUGUUAUCGGAAAGGUGGCUUUUCCGGCGGUUCAAGCAACGCCAGCUCUCUCAACGUCCUUCCCUCACAUCUUCAAAGGGAAGAAAGUCCCGUGUUUGAUCCCUUGCGCCAUAGACCAGGACCCUUAUUUCAGGAUGACGCGGGAUGUGGCCCCCAGGAUAGGGUUUAAAAAACCAGCCCUGUUACAUUCAACGUUUUUUCCGGCUCUGCAAGGGGCCCAAACUAAAAUGUCGGCCUCUGACCCCAACUCUACCAUUUACCUAAGUGAUACGCCAAAACAAGUGAAAAAUAAAAUCAACAAACACGCAUUUUCGGGGGGGCAGAGCACCGUUGAGGAGCACAGGCAGCUAGGGGGGAACUGUGAUAUUGACAUUGCUUAUCAGUAUUUGACUUUCUUCUUGGAAGAUGAUGACAAGCUUGAACAGAUUAGAAAGGACUACACGAGUGGGGCGUUGCUGACUGGGGAAUUGAAGAAAAUCCUUGUUGAUAUUUUGACGCCGAUUGUAAUGCAACAUCAAGAACGCAGAGCGAAGGUUACAGAUGAUGUUAUAAAACAGUUUAUGACGCCAAGAGAGUUGGCUUUCAAUAUUUAAUUGUUGCUUAUUUAUUAUAUUUAUCAUUGUUUUAUUUCUUUUUUUGUACCAUUGUGAGCACAAUUACCUACAAAGUGAAUAAAAAUUUUGUUGGCCACA